GUUAUAGGGGCAGAGCGCAACCAGCUCCUUGUGUCGUUCCCUUCACUCCCACCGUCUUGCUUGCUUCUGUCUCUUCACAGACCACACUCGUCCCUCUAAGUCUUGACGACAACGACGGCGACGGUUCUCUGGCUGGACCAAUCGACGACUGACACCCAUUGCCAUCACCUUAUCGACUGUAUUCGCCCAUUAUCGCUCAUUCUCACCCCCACUAUAUCAUAGCACUAUCAGCAACGUCUCCCCCAAGCAGUCUCUGACCAUGUUCCUAUUCCACUGCACGCCCCUCUUUACCCUCUUUGUCGCCCUUGCGCUGGUCGCAGGUCCGACCUCGUACACGGCCGCCACCGUCAUCGACGUCGCCCACCAAGGGCCCCUCGAUGCAUCUGCCGCUUUUCACCGCGACAUCCUCGACACAACUGCGCACGCCCAUCGCCGACGGUCUUCCCACUGCAAGAGCAAGAAGGCCAGCAAUGCCGUCAAGAGCGACGUUGUCGCAGCGUCGUCCUCUUCCUCUUCUUCAACCUCAUCCUCGGGAGGCACGAGAGCGCACGCGGUCAAGAAAAGCAAGACGAAGGGCAAGGAUGGAAAGAGCAAGAGCGGCUCCUCUGGCAGUUCCAAGAGUGAUUCAUCCAAGGACUCCUCUUCCUCUUCCUCUUCUUCCUCCGAGGACGACAGCAGCUCGUCUUCUUCCUCCUCGUCAAAGAAUGGCACCUCCGCGUCGACGACUGGCGGCGGAAGCGGACCUUACAAGCUUGUCAAGUCCAACCGUGGCGACAAAUUCUGGGACGGCUCUUGGAAUUUCUGGAACAAGGCCGACCCCACCAACGGAAAGGUGCGCUUCGUGGACCAUUCGACCGCGCAGGGAAGCGAUCUCGUUGGCAUGAAGGACGGUGCGGCCUACAUGCGCGCUUCGAGCAAGAACUUGAACGGGCAGAACCGACCUUCGGUGCGAUUCGAGAGCAAGCGAGCCUAUGAUUCCGGCCUCAUCAUCUUCGAUGUCAAGAAGAUGCCGGUCGGCUGCGGCGUCUGGCCCGCACUCUGGACGACCCAGGGCGCCAACUGGCCGCGAGGUGGCGAAAUCGACGUCGUCGAGGGUGUCGGGUACGAAGCGAGCAACGGACGUAACCAAAUGACGGUUCACAUCGGGCAGAACUCGCCUCUGGAAGGCGGGAAAUCGCUCGGCACUCCGUUGGCCAAGAACUGCAACCAAUAUGGCGAGCACACGGGCUGUGCUUUCUUCGACUCGAACAAGAACGGUCCGUCUUGGGGCACCAAAUUCAACGCCGCUGGCGGAGGCGUAUGGGCAAUGGAAUUCGGAAGCGGCCAUGGCGUUCGUAUUUGGUUCUUCGGACGGAAGAGCGGAAAGAUCCCAAAGGAGCUCAGCGAGCCGGGCAACGCUCCCUCGAAGCUCAACCCCGACUCGUGGGGCACCCCCAUGGCAAACUUCCAGGCAACGGCGCUGAACCAGGUUAUUUCCAAGCAAAAUAUCAUCAUGGACAUUACUAUUGGUGGCGAUUGGGCCGGAAACGUCCCCAUGGAUGGCGAUCACUGCGGCAACAGCCUCUGGAACGCGCUUCAGAUCGGCAACAACUACAAAGACGCCGAAUUUCUCAUCAAUGGCAUCGACGUCUACUGCCUUGACGAUGCUUGCUCCAAGAACUCGCACGGCAAGCGCGCUAGGGACUUUUCGUCAUAGUCUGUUUGCCCUCCUUUAUUUUGCACCUUCUCUCGCCUCGUCUCUAGGGACCUUCUGCGAAGGUCGUUGCUUCUCAAGAACCUCGUGUGUGGACUUUUGAAAAGUCUGCGCCAAAGUAGGCCACAGGUUGGCUCUCCCUUACGACGUUGCUUUCAUACCUUAACAUCAGUCUAGACCAGCAUUGUUACUAUCUCAUCAACAUUUGUACCCUCGUUCAUCCACGCAGAAAGACCAUAUUGCAUUUGGAAGCACGGACCCCCCUUGCCUUCUCUACAC